CUACAGGAUGGAGAACACUCUGCGGUCCUGAGGAGGAGGAACCGAACCCAAGUCUUUACCGACUGGGUCUACUUGUUGAUUCGCCAGGAGAGGAGGAGGAGGGAUGCACACUUGACGUGACGUGUCUGUCGGGGGAAAAAAAGAAUCAGAAAAAAAGAGCUCCAUUGCUCUCCAGGUCCACGCUGCUCAUGAUGCCUUCAUCACAGCCUCAAAUCCAGACGGUUUGGCAGCUUUUUGACACAGGUGACACCAGAAGGGAGAUGCUGCACGAUAGCUUGGAGAAGAGUGCAGACCCCGAUGAGGUCCCCCAAAAGACCAUGUCUUCUUAACCCCGACCGCACCGCACCAUCCAUUCUUUGGUACAAGUGAAAGAUGAUCCAAACGGUGUCCAGGUCGGACAGCACGUUGCCGCCAGACGCGAUGGACAUCAUCCGGAGCAAGCACACCCGCCGAGUGAGGCUCAACGUGGGGGGUCUCCUCCACGAGGUCCUGUGGAGGACGCUGGACCGGCUGCCCCGCACCAGGCUGGGCAAGCUGCGGGACUGCAACACCCACGACUCCAUCAUGGAGAUAUGUGACGACUACAGCCUGGACUGCAACGAGUACUUCUUCGACAGACACCCCGGCGCCUUCACGUCUAUCCUCAACUUCUAUCGCACGGGGAAGCUGCACAUGAUGGAGGAGAUGUGCGCCCUGUCCUUCAGCCAGGAGCUGGACUUCUGGGGCAUCGACGAGAUUUACCUGGAGUCCUGCUGCCAGGCCCGCUACCACCAGAAGAAGGAGCAGAUGAACGAGGAGCUCAAGAGGGAGGCGGAGAACAUGAGGGAGAGGGAAGGCGAGGAGUUUACCACCACGUGCUGCUCGGAGAAGAGGAAGAAGCUUUGGGAUCUCUUGGAGAAACCCAGCUCCUCGUUUGCUGCCAAGAUCCUGGCAAUCAUCUCAAUCCUCUUCAUCGUGUUGUCCACCAUCGCCUUGUCCCUCAACACUCUUCCAGAGCUGCAGGACACGGAUGAGUUCGGUCACCCCACAGACAAUCCCCAGCUGGCCCACGUGGAGGCCGUCUGCAUUGCCUGGUUCACCAUGGAGUACCUGCUCCGCUUCCUCUCCUCGCCCAACAAGUGGAAGUUCUUCAAGGGCCCGCUGAACGUCAUCGACCUGCUGGCCAUCUUGCCCUACUACAUCACCAUCUUUCUGACAGAGUCCAACAAGAGUGUGCUGCAGUUCCAGAACGUCCGACGUGUGGUUCAGAUUUUCAGGAUCAUGCGGAUACUGCGUAUUUUGAAGCUGGCCCGUCACUCCACGGGUCUUCAGUCUCUGGGCUUCACCCUCCGUCGGAGCUACAACGAGCUGGGGCUGCUUAUUCUUUUCCUGGCCAUGGGUAUCAUGAUCUUCUCCAGCCUUGUGUUUUUUGCCGAGAAGGAUGAGGAGGACACCAAGUUUAAAAGCAUUCCUGCGUCGUUCUGGUGGGCAACCAUUACAAUGACCACAGUAGGCUAUGGAGAUAUUUACCCCAAAACCCUGCUGGGAAAGAUCAUAGGGGGGUUGUGCUGCAUCGCCGGGGUGUUGGUUAUCGCCCUGCCAAUCCCAAUCAUCGUUAACAACUUCUCGGAGUUCUACAAAGAACAAAAGAGGCAGGAGAAAGCCGUCAAACGGAGGGAAGCUCUGGAGAGGGCCAAGAGAAAUGGCAGCAUCAUCUCCAUGAACAUGAAGGACGCCUUUGGACGCAGCGUGAAUCUGAUGGACGUCACGGUGGACAAAACGGAAGCUCAGAAAAUGGUGCAAGUCAAUCAUGUGACUCAAAAGCCGCACAAAGGUGAUACUCAACUCCAGUCUGAGCUGAGCCCCAGCAAGCAGAACCUGGAAUCAAGCCACCAGGAGCAAGCCAAGCCUACAGGCAACCCUCAGAACCUUAGUGCUCAGACACUGGAGGAGAUGUACGACAAGAUGGCUAAGACUAGAUUGCAGCCUGACCUCAACAGCAAGGACAAAUGUAAAGCUGGGAGGCAGAGAGCUGAGUUUGAAAUGGGAGUCGUGAUGGACGUGAGGAGCAUGUCCAGUAUUGAUAGCUUCAUCAGCUGCGCCACUGACUUCCCUGAAGGUUCUCGCUUCUCAUAUUGCAAUAAUCCCGCCAGGGUCAGAACCUACCCAAGUCUGGAGCCCACCUUGGAGAACGACAAUGAGGAAAUCGCCACACCGCUGACAGGACAUAGCUCCGAGGGUCUGCAUUGUAGCAAUCCACCCAAAGCCCACUCCAUCGGGGUUGGCAGGUAUUCAGGGACAGGGGUCCUCUCAGAUGUUGCCUCAUUGCAGAGUCCAGAGGUGUCAGUUUACACGACCGCACGAAGCAGGACCCCCAGCAAGAGCCAGGAGAAUUUACCUCCAAACAUCUUCACGUUCCACCACGCGUCCAUCAACAAGUUCAUCGACGCCGACACAGAUGAGGAAGAGCACCUGCACGACGGUUCAAGGAUCAGCCCGGUGCAGAGACUCCUAGGAAGGGUCAGUCCCAGGUUUGGCCACCAGGGGGCCAACCACUCAGAGGGCCUCCAAAGAAAGCUGGGGAAUAGCAGGAUGCCGCUCGACGGGCAGGAGAACCACGUGGCUCAGGAAGUACAGUCGCUUCAGGGAGACAAGAGUUAUUCCAAAACUUGGAACAAGUAAGGACACAUGUAAAGCACAGAGACAUUAACAUCAUGAACCUUAUAGGAGAAUUGCCAGGAUGGCGGCACAUUAAAAGACACGUGGAUGAUGGCGGAGCUUUUUGUGUUCUGAUUUCUUCCACAUAAACUCUUUGAGCUGACGCCACAGGUUACAAAGUUUUUGUGAGAAUUUAGUGGGAUCUGGUACAAAAUUCACUGUAAAUAGUUGGGAGAGUGACAGUUUUACUUGAAAAUGAUAGAAAUAAUCGAACAUAAUCUGAACCUCAAAAUCCUACAAACAAUCCUAAAAUGUGUCCUCAAAUCCAUAAAUCCGGUAAAGGAAACAUUAUGGAACAAACUUAAGUACUAAAUGUAGAUUGGACAGCUUUUGUCUACCUAACCUCAGACGAGAGCUGUCCUAAAUCUGUGAGCAUGAACUGAUGAAGCCUGUUCGGAUGAGGCGACACGUUAUCUAAGACAAUCUGAACAGUCCAUUAAGUUGCGAUCUAUUCAAUACCCGGAUAAGUAAGGAAAGUGUCGCUUUUGACCUUAAAAUUACUACGCAACGCCUGACAUAUUUUUUCACAAUAGCAAAAAUGCUAUUCAGACAC